AUGCUGAUCAGCCAUGUGAUGUUGCAGAAAGAGAAGACAGUUGACAUGGUGGUGGAUUUGGAACCAGAGGAAGAGCGGGCCUUCCAGCAGUCUUUGCUUCAAAAGCAUGAUCACCUCAUUAUGCUCCCUAUCCCUGUUUCCAUCACUCACCACGAGAAACUGGAGAAAGCUGCCAAAUAUGAUGACAUCAAAGGGGUAGUGAAGCAGGCAUCAGAGGGCCCCCUCAAGGGCAUCCUGGGCUACACUGAGGACCAGGUUGUCUCCUGUGACUUCAACAGUGACACCCACUCUUCCACCUUCGACGCUGGGGCUGGCAUUGCCCUCAAUGACCACUUUGUCAAGCUCAUUUCCUGGUAUGACGAUGAAUUCGGCUACAGCAACCAGGUGGUGGACCUCACGGUCCACAUGGCCUUCAAGGAGUAA